AUGGUGGCGAAGAAAGGAAGCAGAGGUGGAAUUGGUGUGGAAGAUGCAGACGAGGAGCUCACGCGCGUCCCUCUACAAGCCAUCCUAUUAGCUGAUAGCUUCGCAACACUGUUCCGCCCAAUCACACUCGAGCGUCCAAAAGUACUGCUACCACUAGUUAAUGUGCCUAUGAUUGACUAUACUCUAGCAUGGCUUGAAUCUGCUGGAGUCGAAGAAACUUUUGUUUUCUGUUGUGCUCACUCCAAACAAGUGAUUGGCUAUUUGGAAAAAUCAAAGUGGUUCAAGCAACCGAACUUUAAAGUCACUACAAUAGAAUCACACAAUUCAACAAGUGCUGGAGAUGCUUUGAGAUUGAUAUAUGAAAAGCAUGUGAUUCGUGGAGAUUUCAUCCUUGUUACUGGAGACACAGUUAGCAACAUGUCACUUACCCAGGCUCUUAAAGAGCAUAAGGAGAGAAGGAGAAAGGAUAGUAACGCUGUAAUGACGAUGGUCAUUAAACAGUCAAAACCAUCUCCAGUAACUCAUCAAUCUCGUCUUGGAACGGACGAGCUGUUUAUGGCCAUUGAUCCUAAUACAAAACAGCUCCUGUAUUAUGAGGACAAGGCAGAUGCUUCGAAGGGCAUAGUCACUCUGGAUAAGGCAUUGUUGACUGACAAUUCUUCUAUAUCCCUUCACAACGAUAAGCAGGACUGCUAUAUUGACAUUUGCUCCCCGGAGGUUCUUAGUCUCUUCACAGACAAUUUUGACUAUCAGCACUUGCGUCGUCACUUUGUGAAGGGUCUACUUGUUGAUGAUAUAAUGGGUUACAAAAUUUUCACCCAUGAAAUUCAUUCAAGUUAUGCGGCUAGGGCUGACAAUUACAGAAGCUAUGACACAAUUAGUAAAGAUAUAAUACAGAGAUGGACCUACCCUUUGGUGCCUGAUGUUCAGUUUUUUGGUAACUGUGUGACAAGGCUUGAAAGACAGGGAGUGUAUCGAGCGUCAGAUGUAGGGCUAUCACGUUCGGCGAAAAUCGGACCCUUUUCAGUUAUUGGAAGUGGCACUACAAUUGGAAACUGUACAGAAGUAUUCAAUUCAGUCAUUGGCGAAGGUUGUAUAAUUGGGUCCAAUGUUUCAAUUGAGGGGUGCUAUAUUUGGGAUAAGGUUACGAUUGAGGAUGGAUGUAAACUAAAGCAUGCAAUAGUUUGCGAUGGGGUGAUUAUCAAAUCUGGAGCAGUUGUUGAAGCUGGAGUUAUUUUAUCUUUUAAGGUCAUAAUUGGACGAGGUUUUGUUGUUCCUGCCUACUCAAAGGUUUCUUUGCUUCAGCAGCCUGUCAAACAAGACAGUGAUGAAGAGCUUGAAUAUGCUGAUAAUAGCAGUGGGACCAUGGAAGUCACAUCAAUAUCUAAUACUCCUGAAGUGUUGCAAGAUGAAAUGAGGACAGAGUUGUCGGAUUCCCAAAUAAAGGCUGCAUCAGAGGUUGGUAAUGGUGGGGUUGGUUACAUUUGGUCGGCCGGUGAAGGGGGGUAUGCAGAAGAAUGGAGAACCUCAGUCGCCCCAAUAACUUCAGAACGUCUUGUUGAAAUUUUGGAAAAAGCAACAGAAGAACUGGAAAUAGCCAAUGAAAAUGGCAAUAUAAUUCCACAUUCUGAAGAGCUGGAACCUGAUUCUGUUAAUGAUUCUGACGAAGAUGUCAGAGACGAUACUGCCCUCUUUGAGAAAGAGGUUGAAGCAACUUUUCUAAGGGGUGUGCACGAAAAUGUGAAAGAAGACCAUUUAAUAUUAGAAGUAAAUUCACUAAGGUUAUCGUACAAUCUGACCGCUUCUGAUUGUGCUGGGGCAUUAUUCUAUGCGAUGAUGAAAUUAGCAGUUGAUACUAAACAUGGUUCACCAGGCGAACUUGUUAAAAAUGUUGCAAGUGUGAUUGGAAAAUGGAAAAGGCUUUUGAAGUAUUAUUUGCCUGGCAUAGAUGAAGAGAUUGAAGUAAUCUUGAAAUUUGAAGAAAUGUGUUUAGAGUCCAGCAAGGAAUACUCCUCGCUCUUUGUGCAGAUUCUGCAUCUUCUAUAUGACAAAGAUCUUCUACAAGAAGAAGCUAUACUCAAUUGGGCAUCCGAAAAGGAAGAGGCAGAUGAGUCGGAUAAACUUUUCGUGAAGCAGGCAGAGAAAUUCAUACAGUGGCUGAACGAGGCAUCUGAAGAAGAUGAGUAA